GCUCCCACCACCAACGCGUCGUCUUCAACAAUCCCACCACCACCAAACAAUUCCACGAAAUCAAUCGUGGCAUUGUCUGCGACUGCUCCGACACGUCUCGAGGACUUUGGACGCGUCGAGACGGGAUAUCUGUUCCUUUCGACACAGUCAGAGUGCUUUGAGCACAACAAUCCGUCGAGAUGGUUCUCUUCAAGAGGAAACCAGUCCGAUACCUAUCCCCACCUGCCAUUGACAAUGACGAGACUGAGGUCUGGGUUAUUCCCCAAACAAAUGAGAUAUUUGCCGAUUACGAGCAAUUCUUGGCCCGGAUGGACUUCUACAAGCAACGAAGAUUUAUCUGCCAAAUCACUGGUCAUUCUGGUUUGACGUUCUUUGAUGCACUCUCGAGUGAGCUUGCUGGUGCACAAGAGGUUGAGCAGGCAUUUCCGGAAGCCUUGAAGGGUCCUAUUCUACGACGCGUCCAAUUCCAGACUAUAUCUCGAAUCGAUACGUUAGUCGACCUGAUUUUCGAGGAAUUCCGCUCCGACUACUAUCCAGGUGAGGCGGUGACAGUACAUGUAGUUACUGGAGAAAGACUAUCUGGGACAGUCAGAGACAAGUCUCGUUUUGGUCAGAAGAUUAUGCCUGAUGGUUCAGUCAACCCACCAUUCUCCCGAUACUUUGUCAGCCUUGAUAAUCGCCCCGAAGAGGAAGCUGUUGUGGACGACUCACACAUCACUCGAGACCGCAAGAUAUUCACAAAGCAGGUGCUCAGAUCCUUUAUCAAGAAGACCGUUACUCGAGAAGCAUGGACUGGUGCACCUUGGUUGGUGAAGCCCGAAGUUGCAGUUGUCUACCACAUUGACACUCGCGUACCACCACAUUUGCGAUACGAAAGCAAGGCUGCUGAGAGAAAGCAAAAGGCAGUUCAACAAAAGAAUGGACAACCAGACUAUGAGGGUAUGGUUGGUAGCUUCCAAGGCAAUGGCCCACGACUACCCGAGUUGAAGCCUGCGCCAAAGAGCCACAAGAGCAAGCAGCAGCAGGGUCAGCAACUGGCCAAGAGUAAGCAGCAGCCAUUCUUGAAUCCUGCUCCUACACAUCCUACACAACAAUUUCCUCCUCAAUUCUAUCAUCCUCCUCCACCCUACGUCUCUCACACUUUCCAAGCUGCCGGCCCACCACCACCAGUGGGACCCUACUACACCAACUUCCACAAUUCUACCUUUGCAUUCACUCCGCUCGCAUCUCUACCACCUGCUCCUCCGCCACCCCCUCCGAUCAAGUAUCCAAUUGAGGACUUGCAAGUUCCACCGCGACAUGAAGGUCCGAAGCGCCCACCGCUCAAGUUCUUCUCUCAGGAUACUCCGGCAAACAUCGGCAAACCUAAAGGCGAAGGAAAUGGCAUUCUUAUGAAGUCCAUUGGACCUUUGCUAGAAGCAUGGGACACUCUGAAUGUCUAUUGCGAGAUCUUUAAGCUAGAUUCGUUUACCUUUGACGACUUCGUCGAGGCUAUGCAAUUCUCAUCUGAGGACGUCGACUGUGAACUGUUUGUAGAAAUUCACUGCGCCGCUUUGAAGAUUUUGGUCAGUGCUGAAGCAGAUGGUGGAAAAAUCCAGGUCCAACUGCCAGAUAUGGAUGAGGACGAGAACGAAGAAGAGUCUGGUGCUGAAGCCAGCUCUCCACCAACCCCUACACCGGAACCUGAGCCGAAACCCAAGGGACGAGCAACUCGAAGCAGUCUGGCCAAGGCAGAAGCAGAAGCUCUCAAGGUCGAGCCACCCCCAGCACGUGAACCGACUCAAGAGCCAAAGAGCUCUCACAGAGCUGCUGAGAUGCAAGUCGAAACCGGUUGGAUUGAUCGUCUGAGGAAGCGCGACUUCAAGAAUGGCGGAUGGCAAAUCAUCAUGAUUGGCUUAUUAUACCAACUGUCCAAGAGCCCUCGAUUGUUUCAGUCCUGUGAGGUCUUGUUGAAGGAGCUUGCACCUCUUGAUAUGGACCCGACCCCUGAGACUGCGAAGCAACAAUACAACAAACUUGAUGUCAACCUACGCAUUCAAGCUCUACAGAUUGUUUGCAUGCUCACGGCAGAGACCAAAGCUGUUCGAGGCUUUAUGGAGGAAUGCAGCGAGGAGAUGACCACUUUCCGCAAGGAGAAGAUCCAGUGGCAACGAAAGCGCAAAGAUUUGAUUGAGGAACUUCGUUUAUUGAAUGAAGAGCGAAAAAUCCAACUGCCAGCUAACAUGCCGCCAUCUCCAGUUGCUGAGCACAAGGCUGUCAAUGACAUUGUGAUGGCAGAGGCCCAAGAAGAAAUUCAUGACUCAAUCGAUGAUGAGGUCAUUGACACCGAUGAAGAUCCUCACCAAGGUCGCUCACUUCGUCGCGGUCUUGAUCGAGCAGCAGAGAGAAAACGAAAGCGUGACGCUCAACAAGAGAAGAGAGAGAAGGCCGAGGCUGAAGCGAAGGUUCCCAAGCAGACAAAGCAGUUCACCAAGCUUCUUAAAGACAUUCAAAAGAAGCAAGACGCCAUCAAAGAUUGCGAAGAAGAAAUCGCCGUUCUUGACAACGACCUUCGCGAAGCCGACUGUCCCCGAACUCGAGUUCUUGGAAAAGACCGAUUCUGGAAUCGUUAUUAUUGGUUUGAACGCAAUGGCAUGCCCUACGCAGGUAUGCCUCUGAGCUCGACUGCCGAGGCAUACUACGCCAACGGUUGCCUUUGGGUCCAAGGACCUGAUGAUCUUGAGCGUGAAGGUUACAUUGACAUGAAGCCAGAGUGGCAGAAUGAGUACGUGCAUAAGUUUGGCAUGACAGUCCCAGACCGAAAGAAGAUCGAGGAAGGUCCAACUAGUGUAUACACAGCUCAUGAAUGGGGAUACUAUGAAGAUCCAGAGGCUGUUGACGCUUUGAUUGCUUGGCUCGACACUCGAGGUGUGAACGAAAUCAAGCUACAGAAGGAGUUGAAGCUCUACCGCGAUCGGAUUGUCAAGAACAUGGUGAAGCGCAAGGAGUACCUCAAUCCUACAGAAGAGAAAUCUGUCGAAUCUGGAUCCAAGCGCAUGUCAACGCGUAGAAAGGAGCAACCUGUCGACCACACUGCGCAUCGAUGCUUGGCCUGGCACAACACCGAAGCUAUUAGAGAAGAGGGUCAUCUACAUUACGAUCAGCCACGUGCGAGAAAACCAGCGAAGAAGGCACCACCGCCACCUCCGGUCAUUGAGGAAGAGCGUCAAACCAGAAGCGAUUCAAGAACCAAGAAGCAGAAGGGGCUCCGCCGACAAGGUUCAAGAUACGACUUCUAGAUCUGGGAUUUACUGUAUGGGCGGGCAACCUUGCAUUUUGAUUUCCAACCAACAAAUAUGAUUGUACAAGUUUCGUGUUUUGGGAGUAUAUGGUAGAGUUCAGCAUGGAGUAUGGUGGCGUGGAUAUUGCACAGAUGGCGUUUGCGUGGCUCACUGUGUGGAAGUGCGGAAGCAUUGGAGUCUGUCAGUGCCGGGUGUCUUACAUGAUGUUACCUCGGAUACGAGUACUGUGCAUAGAUAGCUUAGAGAUAAACGCAUGUGACGAUAG